CUCGGUGUCAAUGGCACCGUGGCGCAGACAUACCGUCGGCCGGGUAUCGCGACCAAAGUUCCAAUGGAUCGUCAUUUGUUUUGGAGUGCUGCUAAGCUUUGCCAAUGAUUCAAACGGAUAUUUUUACAGCGAUAGUAGUGCGGAAACAAGCAACGAUCGGUUUUGCUUCUGUCAGCUUCAAGGGACGAUCGAUGAUUGCAGCUGCAGUGUGGAUACGGUGGAUUAUUACAACAAUGUAAAAAUCUAUCCCCGUUUGAAAAGUUUGCUGGUAAAAGAUUUCUUUCGCUACUACAAGGUGCACCUGAACAAAGAGUGCCCGUUCUGGGUCGACGACAGCAAGUGUGCGAUGCGAUUCUGCCAUGUGGAACACUGCGAGGAGAAAGAUAUCCCACCGGGGCUGAAAGGUGACGCGUCGUCUUAUCAUAAGUACAUUAAAGAGGUGCAAACUUUAACGAACUGCAACGAAGACUUGGACGUAGAACUGGGCUACCUCAACACAAGCAUCAGCGAUAAAGCGCACAAAGAGUUCCAGCGAUGGGCGGACUAUGACGAAGCGCAAGAUAAUUUCUGCAUUCUCGACGAUCACGAGCCCGGCGCAGAGUACGUGGAUCUUUUACUGAACCCGGAACGCUACACCGGGUAUCGGGGUGAAUCAGCACGACGGAUCUGGAGCAGUAUCUAUCUGGAAAAUUGCUUCCAAGCACAUUCUGUGAAGAAGAAAAAUGCUUACUCGGCCAUGAUUCCCUACCAGGAUAUGGCCCGCAACGAGGUGUGCCUGGAGCAUCGUGUAUUUUAUCGUAUGAUUUCCGGUCUGCACUCGAGCAUCAACAUUCAUCUCUGUGCCAACUAUCUACUGUCGGAGAAGGGUACGCUCGGUUUUAUGGCACCUACCGGCGUGUGGGGACCGAACAUGGAAGAGUUUGAACGGCGCUUCAGUCCCCACAUGACGGACAAUGAAGGAUCGCACUGGUUAAGAAACUUGUACUUCGCGUACCUCGUGGAACUGCGAGCUUUAGCCAAAGCGGCGCCGUACUUAAGGAAUGAGGAAUAUUUCACCGGGCUGGAAAAGGACGAUCGCGAGGUGAAAACGGCAGUCAAGGAUUUGCUAACCGUCAUUGAAGGCUUUCCGGCCCAUUUCAACGAAACCGCUAUGUUUAGCGGUGGCACAUCGUCGAUCAAGAUAAAGCACGAGUUUCGGGAAAAGUUUAUGAACAUUUCGAAAAUUAUGGAUUGUGUCGGGUGCGACAAAUGUCGGCUGUGGGGCAAGUUGCAGGUGCAGGGUAUGGGAACGGCACUAAAAAUUCUAUUCUCUGGCAAGUUUGACGAUAAGAUCGAUGCUGGAUUUGAUACGAGGCUGAAGCAACAGUCACCAUCGUUGAGGCUGAAGCGCGGUGAAAUAGUGGCACUAUUUAACGCAUUUGGAAGGCUUUCGACGAGCAUACAUGAAUUGGAAGAGUUCCGCCAACGAAUGCGAUGAGCGUGUAAGCGGUAUCAGCGUUUUAUCCC